GUAGAAGCGGAAGUGAACUGUUUCCUUCAGCGGUUUAACCUGCUCACGCCGGCUGUUUGAAUGAGUUCAUCUCAGAAUUAAAAUCAUAUUCGGAGACUGAAAUUGGAUAAAGGUGAUCAGACGCCAUGUCCUCCGACGCUGUGAAGAAGAGAAAGCCCAAGGUGAUCCGAAAUGAAGGAGGAACUCCAGAGACCAAACGGAGUCGAGGAGAAGGCGAUCAGGAUGUGCGUGUGUAUAAUGAGGAGGUGGAGCUGGAGGGUAGAGAGCCGCAGCAGGAUUAUAUGCUUUAUAAAGACACGUGUGCCACUCUGGCCAAAUUGAUGGCUGAAAUCCAGGAGCUGAAAGCCACCGGUGCAAAAGAUGGGAGUGUAGAGAUCGAGGAGAGACGCAGACAGAGCAGUGUUCAUUUCAUUACACUGAAGAAACUGAACCGACUGGCGCACAUGAGGCUGAAGAAAGGGCGGGAUCAGACACAUGAGGCGAAACAGCGAGUGGAUGUUCUUCACCUGCAGCUUCAGAAUCUACUCUAUGAGGUCAUGCAUCUGCAGAAAGAGAUUGGCAAAUGUCUUGAGUUCAAGUCUCAGCAUGAGGAGAUCGAGCUGGUCAGUGAGGAGGAGUUUUUCCAGGAGGCUCCAGCGGAGAUCUCGCGCCCUCAAGUCACCCAGGACGACCAGCACCAGCUCACACUCGCCCGCCUGGACUGGGAGCUGGAGCAGAGGAAGAGAUUGGCAGAGCAGUACAAGACAUCUCUGGCCAGUAAAGAGAAGAUCCAGAAAGCCAUUGAGCAAAAAAGAGAGUACCUGAGCAGCCUUCAGCCUGGACUGCAGAACAUCAUGCAGGCGUCUGUCCCAGUGCAGGAGUAUCUGUCAAUGCCGUUUGAGCGCACGCAGAAGCAGGCAGAUGUGGCCCGUCACCUGCCUCCCCCACUGUAUGUGCUGUUGGUCCAGGCGGGUGCUUAUGGACAGGCCUGCGACAAAAAUCUGUCUGUGAGCGUCAGUGGAGAUGUGGAUGAGGCCAAAGCCCUCUCCAGACCGCCGGAGGAGUCACAAGAUGAUGAAAGUGAUUCAGACGCUGAAGAGGAGCAACAGAACACAAAGCGUCGGCGAGCGACUGUUGGCGUUCAGCUAGAUGACAAACGUAAAGAGAUGCUCAGACGUCACCCUCUAUCGCUCUGUGUGAACCUCAAGUGUAAAGAUGGCAGUGUUCUGCAUCUGUUUUUCUAUUAUCUCAUGAAUCUCAACAUUCUGACUGUGAAGACCAAAGUUUCCACCUCUGCCGAUCUAUCUGGAGCCAUUAGCGCCGGGGAGCUGUUGAAUUUGGAGAGUUUGUUGAACUGUCUUUAUGCGUCUGAUCAUGGCAAAGAGACGCCAAAUCCUGCUAACCGCUACCAGUUUGAUAAAGUCGGUAUCACAACGUUUGCAGAUUACGUGUCGGACCUCGGACAUCCAUAUGUUUGGGUGCAGAAACUUGGAGGCCUGCAAUUUUCCACUGUGAGCGGGCAGUCUGAGCUGUCGGGCAGCACUCUGAGUGCCAGUCACAUGGAAAGAACCAUGAAACUGCUGAAAGGAAGACUGCAGGCGCGACUGGCCCUACACAAACAGUUCAGCUCACUGGAGCACAGCAUCGUUCCCGUCUCCAGCGAAUGCCAGCAUCUGUUCCCUGCUAAAGUUGUUUCGGGUCUUACACGCUGGACCAUGAUGAGCUACCAGGAAUUCACCGAGCUGAGCUUCGUGCAGCAUGUGUUGAAGGCCGGUCUGGUGUGCGAGACGGAUCUGUUCUUCAUGGCAGUGGUGGAGAGAGGCACAGCUCGCCUGUUGUCCGCUGUGGUGAUGAAUCCUCGUUACCCAGAGGUCACGCCUCUCUUCUCUCUCUCUUUACACUGGAAAGGAGAACGCAGCGGCCGGACGGAUGAUAACCUGCGGGCGAUGGAGAGUGAGGUUAACGUGUUCCGAUCGGAGUUGCAGGGGCCACGCCCAGGCCUCCAGCUCCUGACCAAUCAGAUCCAGCGUCUGUGUGUGUGCCUGGACGUGUAUCUGGAAACUGAGAGUCAAGUGUGUGACGGAUCAGAAGGACCUAAAGAAUUCCCUCGAGAGAAGAUGUGCUUGCGCACGGCCAGGGGUCCCAGUCGUCUGAAGCCCUUCAAGUACAAUCACCCUCAAGGCUUCUUCAGUCACCGCUGAGGAUGAGAGAGGCUGAGGAUGAGAGAGGCUGAGGAUGAGAGAGGCUGAGGAUGAGAGAGGCUGAUUUAGCGUUAAUACGACAGAUCUUGGCACCUCUUUUCUCUCCCACUUUUAUCUCAACUUUUUCCACUUGUGUUUCUUGUUUUGGCGAUAUCAUGUGGAUUAAAAAAUAAAACCUUUGUUUUGAUA